UGGUGCCUGCAGCCAGGAGGCGGGAGUGACCCUAGGCAGCUGACCCAGCCCAGGCACUGCCUCUUCCACAGCCCUCAGGACACACCAUGGGCCCAGAGGCAGGUUUGCAGCACAGCAGCGACGACGCAGGCGGCGGCCCGGGCGACUCUCAACUGCCUCCCUGACCGCCGCGACCACCGCCCAAAACCCCGAGAAGCCAUCGCUAUCAAAGGCAGGAGAAUCAGGGACCCCAAAACCAUCUUCGCGACCGACUACAAGCUACGUCAACAACUAUGGCAGGCGAGGGGUGGCGGGCGGAGCGGAUGGGGGAAGAUUGGGGGAUCUACGUCACGCCGAGGGCACCCCUGCGGGAGGCCAGGCGCCGCCUCAGCCCUCAAAAUGGCGGCGGCAGUGACGCGCCUGCGUACGGGACUCCUUCCCCGUCACGUCACGGCCGGCGGGAAGUGAGGUUCUCAGAAGAGCCGCCAGAAGUGUACGGCGACUUCGAGCCCCGGGUAACCAUAGAAAAGUCCCGGGCGGGAAAACGAAGCUCGCGAGAAGAGUUCCGGCCCGAUUCUGAGAAAGAGGAAGUGAGAGAAAGCAACUACUACCUUAGAUCUCAGCGGAGGCAGCGGAGACCAGAGGAAGCCGAAGAGAUGAAGACACGAAAUGUGUCCCGCCUGCCGCAGCAGCAGCAGAACUCACGGCAGCUUCCGCCACAGCAGUCUCCGGCUACGACUAGAAGAAGGAUACCAGUGUCGCAUUUCUCUGAAGAGGAUGAACCAUUGUUAUCGUCACAAACUGUUUUCAGCAACAUGGUCUCAAAGAAAACCAGCAGAACACAAGAUAUCUCAGUGGCGAGUAAAGAUGAAGAUACUAUGCGUGACCUCCGUAGGCCCCCUAUAAAAAGAAACAGAUCUGAUUCGGCACACAAAACAAAUGGAAAUACUAAAAUGAGUGAAUUAGAAAGUACCAGUGUCCAAACGGAGACCAGUUUCUCUGAAGAAAAUACUGAAGAUGAUGAUCAAAACAGCUCUGACAGUGAUGAUGUGACCGCUUAUGCCAGAUACAGGGAAUCUGUGGACACUGGAGAUCAAACCUCCAGAUCAUCAAGUCAAUAUUCAGAAUUAUCUUGGUGGUCAUCACAAAGUGGAGAAUUCACAUCUCUUGAUGAACAACCGUCAGUGCUAAGAUAUCCAAAAAACUCUCAGAAAAGGGUUGAACAAACCACAAAAUGGGGGUCUAAAAUGCAAACCUCAUCACCAGGCAAGAGUUCAAUAUAUGACAGUUUUUCAGAUGAUGACAGCAUACAGAAAUCAAAGGUUGGCAAUCAGUCUCCACCAACCUCCAGCCAAUCAAAAGUGGCUGGACAACCCAAGAAUGCAAGUUUUUUGAGUAUGAAGUGGUUGUUGAUAUUACUUCUGCUUGCUGUUGUUGGGAUUUCUUGGUUCAUUUAUCCUAAGGAAGGAACAACUACUGCUGUUCAAGUGUUCCAGAACAAGAUGAAACAACUUAUGAAUAAAUAUCAAGGUCAAGAUGAGAAGCUGUGGAAAAGGAGCCUAACAUUCCUGGAGAAACAUCUUAAUAGCUCCCAGCCUCGGCUCCAGCCUGCUAUCUUGCUACUUACUGCUGCCCGAGAUGCUGAAGAAGUACUUAGGUGUCUGAGUGAACAAAUUGCUGAUGCCUAUUCUUCCUCCCAUAGUGGCCAUGCCAUCCGGAUUAAUGGGGAAGGCAAAGCUACUGAAGACAGUGAUACUGUCAAACACGAGGUAGAUGAGCAGCUGAGCAAUGGAUUCAGAAAUGGCCAGAAUGCAGCUGUGGUACACCGCAUCGAGUCACUGCCUGCCGACUCUACCUUGAUCUUCUACAAGUAUUGUGACCAUGAACAUGCAGCCUUCAAAGAUGUAGCCUUAGUCCUGACGGUCCUGUUGGAAGAAGAAACACUUGAAGCCAGUCUAGGUCUAAAGGAAAUUGAAGAAAAAGUGAAGGAUUUCCUCACAUUCAAGUUCACCAACUCUAACACACCCAGCUCCUACAAUCACAUGGACGUGGACAAACUGAGUGGGCUCUGGAGCCGUAUUUCUCAUGUAGUUCUGCCUGUACAACCUGAGCAUGACCUGAAGAGGGGCAUCUGCUUUUAAGGGGUGACAGAAGAAAAAAUCAUAUCCCAAGUUGAAAGAAUAUUCAGAUUUCCUAACCAGAGAUGGACUCAGAGCUCAUUUGAAAGAACUGGUUUCUUUUUAAAGGAAGCUAAGUUCUUAUGUCAACAUAGGACAUCUAACUCAUUUAUUCAAUGUAAUUAUCUGUUACUAGAGAAAGAAUCAUUUUCCUGUGUUCAUUAAGAGCUCUGUUAAUGGUAUCUGAGAACUAUAAAUUAUUUGCAGUCCCAUAGAGGAUCUGUUCAGAUUCUGGUUUGCAUCAUUAUUGCUACCCAUGGGAAGGUUUAGGAUCCUUCCAAUGAAUUUUCCCGAUUUUAUAACUUAGAUUUUUCAGUUUGUUGAGUUACUAGUAAGUCAGCUCCCUAAAUGCAGCCAUGGGUUUUCCCAUUUUGUUCUUUUUCACAUCUUUUAGGUGUUAGUCAGCUUCUGCUGAAAGGAGCAAAAGUAAUGCAAGUUCAACUGAGUGUAUAUUUGGGGGUUUUUUCCUUUAUUUUUAGAGGGUGGGAAGAAGAAAGCAAGGAAAAAAUGAGAAAUUGUGGCAUGGGAAAAGUGGGAGCUAAAGUGACGAGAUGAAAUAUUAAAGUCAGCCACUGAGACUUAAGUCAAUCAAACAUAGUUAUAUGAACUCCAUUCUCAGUGAUUUCUGUUGGGAUUUGUUUUUUUGCAUGCCCUUUUUCUUUAAAAAAAAAUGUUUAGCCCUUCCUCUUAGGAGCAUGCUUUUGAAGCAUAUAUAUCAUAAGGUUUAGUAGACUUGCUUUUUUCAGUUAUCCAGUUGUUUUGGACAUAACCUGAAGCAUUUGUUUGAAUUGAGAAAAUAAUUUCAGAAAUUGGUAAACCAUGUUAAUCAACAUUUCUGAAAAUUUUAUUUUCUGAAUGUUCAUAUGUUGCAGUCAACUUUUGCUUACAGGACUAAAGUAAUAAAAGGACUUCUGAGUGUGUUUGAAUGCUCUUAUAAUAGAUUGAUUUACUAUGCACAUGAUAAAUCUUAUUUAAGAGUACCUCAAACCAAAAAGAGUGAAAAUUACCAUAUGUGAAGAAUGUUAAAAUGUAUGCGUAUACAUUACUGUACUCUAGUAUUUCAGUUGUAACUUUGCAUCUAUAUAGCUAAGCUUUCUCAUUUAUCAAUUACUUUGGCUUUCUUAGAAUCUUAAAAUUCUAGAUCCACUUUUUUUUUGGAAGUGAAAAUACUGUUUAUAGAGUACCACAACCCGUCAUUGGUAUCAUUAUUUUGAGGAUCCCAUCACUGGUAGUAGAAUGUGGUGUAGUUUCCUUCUACUAGAGACUACCAGUAUUCAUAUAUUUAUACCCCUUAUUGUAAUUUGUUCUUAUCACAGAGUCAGGUUAUCUGAUUUAUAGAAGAUUCUAAAGAGUUUUUGAAAAGACUUUUAUAACGUAUAUAUUGUAUGAUGAAACAAAUGUUUUUAGUAAAUGUUUCACUGACCAAAAUAAUUUUAAAGUAAUUGAUUUCACUUACCUCUUUCAGGAAAAAUAAUUGUAACAGCUAACCUGUCUGUAAAUUUCUUUA